AUGACUUCACCAAAACAUCCACUUUUACCACCAUCAUCGAGAUCAAAUUCUCCUUUAUCAUCAUCGUCACGAAGUCAAUCACCAUCAUCUCUUACUACUGGAUAUCAAGCGGUGUUUGAUAAUGAUAAUUCUAAUAACAAAGGUGGUAAAUAUCAACCUAUAGUCAACAUAAAUGAUGAAGAGGAAAGGGGAGAAGGAGAUGAGCAAAUUCCAAAUGAUAAAAAAGAUAUAGAAUUAUCACAAAAUGGUGAAAUGGGUGGUGGUGAAGUUACUGAACUGGAAAAACCUUGGAAAUAUAAGAUGAUGGCUUUAUUAUGUGCUUUAUCUUUAGCCGCUGGAAGUCAUUAUGCAGCUCACACAUUAGGUGCUUUAAAAUCCACUAUUAAAAAGGAACUGGGAAUAACAAAUUCAGAAUAUGGAAUCAUUCAAUCAUCAGUUUCACUAGUUAACACAAUUUUACCAUUUCUUGGUGGUGUGUUUAUUGAUACAUUUGGUACAUCACUAGGAUCAAUUCUAGCUACAUCUUUAAUAGCAGCCGGUAAUAUUUUAGUAGCCUUAUCAACCCAUUUAAUUUCAUUUCAUGUGAUGGUUUUGGGAAGAAUCAUGUAUGGAAUUGGAAGUGGUACAAUUGUUACGAUACAAACUGCUAUUCUAAGUCACUGGUUCAAAGGAAAAGGGUUGGCCAUUGCUGUUGGUGUUCAAAUUGCUGCUGCUAGAUUAUCAGCAUUUUUAGCCAAUUUAACAGUUAUUCCAAUCACCAGAGUUACUGGGUUUUAUGGAUAUGCAUUUUGGUUUGCUUCUUUCCUUUGUUUGACUUCUUUUACAAUUAAUCUGAUAUAUGUCACUGUAAACCGAAUCAUUCGCGACCAAUUAAGUGCCAAUGAAAUAAGAAAACUUAAACAAAAACGAACAUUCAACUAUCACAAUUUACUAUAUUUUCCUACGCUAUAUUGGAUUUUUGUUUUAUUGGAAUUUGGUUUAGGCAGUGCUUGGACUUCAUUUUUACAUAUUCAUACUGAAUUGGUGAAAAAAAGAUGGAAUAGCAGUGAUGAAAUUGCAGCAUAUAAUUCAAGUGUGGCUCAAUUUCUACCGAUAUUUGUUUCGCCUUUCCUUGGCUAUUUAUUAGAUAGAUUUGGUAAAAGAUCUAUAGCAUUAAUAGUAUCAGCAGUAUUUCUUAAUUUAUCAAUGUACCUGCUUGGAUUUACAUCAGCAAUAUCGCCAAUCAUAGGAAUGGUAUUCUUUUCAAUUUCAUUAUCGCUAGGCACAGCAUUGGGUAUAGUAAAAUCAACAUCAAAUAUUGGUGCAACCAUUUAUGAUAUUUGUGUUGGUUUGUUACAAGAUUUAAAUAAUGAAGAUGGUAAGGAUGGAGAAGGCGGUGAGAAUGAAUAUGAUUUAGUGAUGCAUUUGUAUGUUUUUACAAGUUUUGUUACUAUAUUGGUUGCAGUGUUAUUGUCAAUUGUUUCUAAAAAAUAUUAUGAUGGUGUUUUGGAUAUGAAAGAUGACGAAAGAAAGGACUAUUAUGAAAUGAAAAAAGCAAGUAAUGGCAAGAAUAGCAAUAAUGAUGGUGGUAGUAGUACUAAUUAUAGAAAAUAA